AUGUCUUCUCUGUUGUUGGUGGAGGCAAGCAUGCUUGUUGCUCUUAUUCUUACUGCUGCUUCUGCUACUGGAGAUUUUGAUGUUGUAUUUCACUUCUCGCGACUGUUGACUAUAGAAACCCAUGCUAUAUUCUGUUUUAUUGAUCACAAGCAGUGCUUCCUUAUACUUUCCACCACUUUUCUGAAUUUCAUUCCUUCCUGUUUCCCUUUAUUCUCUAUUUUCUUUUACUUUCGUCUUUUCAUUCAUUCUUUUCUUCUGUCUUUCUUUUGCUUGUCACAUGUUCUUCUGUAUUUUUUGAAACUCUUUCUUUUUCAUUCCUCUGCUUGCUUUGUUUAUUAUUUCCUUGAUUUGUUUACAUUUUGUUCAUUAACUCUUUCUUUCGGUUUCGCUAUCUAUUUUUGUAUUCUUCUUUUUUUUUUAAAUUUUCAUUCUUUUCUUAAUUUCUUUCCUUAA